GUCUGUCCGUUACCUAGGACAUGUGUCUGACCCAUCCUGCCGUCGACUUAGAACCCAAAUCCCCUUGUCUACCCCUAGGCAAGACUAUCAAGUCACCUACACUGGGAAGAACCCUUUAGUGUUGUUCCCCCUCCAAGUCCAUAGAAUAUAUUAAGACCUGCCCCUCUCCUGCGCAAAGGCUCUGAUCAUAAUGUGGCUAGACAGCAGAAUUUCUUUCAGCCGAAGGGAAGGGACGAGAAUGCGCCUGUACAACAGGGUGGGGCAGCUCCGCCUCCGAUGAAAAGGAACGACGGUGAAGUCUCCGUUACCCCAAAAAGAGCUCGGGGAGGAGGGGAGGCGAAGCCACCCUUGGGAUGCGCAAGGCUGGCCCAGACUGACCCCUAGCGGCAGGCUGGCGCCCAAAAGCUUCCCGGAUCUAAGAUGGAGGGUCUGAAGCCCUAAGCUGGUGCCGGGAGGAGAUCACGUGUCCAGGGCGGGGCCUGCGCUUAGGGGGCGGGGCGGCGCUCUAGGCCGAGCGGGAGGUCGGGGCUGCGGGCGCUCGCUGGUGGCUGAUCUGGACGCCGCUGCGGUGGCAGGGCUCCGCGGCCGGGGUUGAAUCCAAUCGGGAGCCAUGAGCGUGGACAAGGCCGAGCUAUGCGGGUCUCUGCUCACCUGGUUGCAGACGUUCCAUGUCCCGCCCCCCUGUACCAGCCCCCAGGAACUGAGCAGUGGCCUCGCAGUAGCCUAUGUGCUGAACCAGAUAGACCCUUCCUGGUUCAACGAGGCAUGGCUCCAGGGCAUCUCAGACGACCCAGGUCCCAACCGGAGGUUGAAGGUGACAGGUGGACUCAUGAAUGGGGGACAGACUGGUGAAGAGUUGAUCAGGGAAGGGUCAGUUAGACAUGUCCUGGGUGAUGGACAAACAGAUCUGGACAGGAAGAGGGACAGAUGUAUGGUCAACAAUCUGAAGACAAUCUUACAGAGCCUGGUGGAGUACUCCCAGGAUGUCCUGGGGCAUCCCAUUUUGGAGCAGCACCUUCCAGAUGUGAGCCUUAUUGGCGAGUUCUCCGACCCAGAAGAGCUUGGCAAGCUGCUUCAGCUGGUGCUGGGCUGUGCUAUCAGUUGCGAGAAGAAGCAGGAGCACAUCCAGAGAAUCAUGACGCUAGAGGAAUCAGUUCAGCAUGUGGUGAUGGAAGCCAUCCAGGAGCUCAUGACCAAAGACACCUCUGACUCCCUGUCACCGGAAACAUAUGGGAACUUUGAUAGCCAGUCCCGUAGGUACUACUUCCUGAGUGAGGAGGCUGACGAGGGUGACGAGCUGCGGCAGCGCUGUCUGGACCUGGAGCGGCAGCUGGUACUACUGUCAGAGGAGAAGCAGAGCCUGGUUCAGGAAAAUGAGGUGCUGAGGGAGCGGGUGGGCCGGUCCGAGGGUGAGGGUGCCACCGGCCUCACUUCCAAGAAGCUGCUACUGCUGCAGUCCCAGCUGGAGCAGCUGCAGGAAGAGAACUUCAGGCUGGAGAGCGGCAGGGAGGACGAGCGCGUGCGCUGUGCUGAGCUGGAACGGGAGGUCGCCGAGCUGCAGCAGCGGAACCAGGAGCUGACCAGCCUGGCCCAGGAGGCACAGGCCCUGAAGGAUGAAAUGGAUGAACUUCGGCAGUCGUCAGAGCGCGCAGGGCAGCUGGAGGCCACGCUGAGCAGCUGCCGGCGCCGCCUGGGCGAGCUGCGGGAGCUGCGGCGGCAGGUGCGGCAGCUGGAGGAGCGCAACGCCGGCCACGCAGAGCGCACGCGGCAGCUGGAGGAAGAGCUGCGCCGGGCCGGCUCCCUGCGCGCCCAGCUAGAGGCGCAGCGGCGGCAGGUUCAGGAAUUGCAGGGCCAGCGGCAGGAGGAGGCCAUGAAGGCCGAGAAAUGGCUAUUCGAGUGCCGCAAUCUGGAAGAAAAGUAUGAGUUGGUGUCAAAGGAGAAGGAGCGGCUGCUGGCAGAACGGGACUCCCUGCGGGAGGCCAAUGAGGAGCUGCGCUGCGCCCAGUUGCAGCCUCGCGGGCUGACCCAAGCCGACCCUUCACUGGAUCCCACCUCACCGGCUGUGGAAAACUUAGCAGCCGAGAUCCUACCUGCGGAGCUCAGGGAGACACUCCUACAGCUUCAGCUGGAGAACAAGCGCCUGUGCCAGCAGGAGGCGGCCGACCGGGAACGGCAGGAGGAGCUGCAGCGCCACCUGGAGGAGGCCAACCGCGCGCGCCACGGCCUGGAGAUGCAGCACCGGCUGAACCAGCAGCAGCUGUCGGAGCUGCGGGCCCAGGUGGAGGACCUGCAGAAGGCCCUGCAGGAGCAGGGGGGCAAGACUGAAGAUUCAACCCUGCUGAAGAGGAAGCUGGAGGAGCAUCUGCAGAAGCUGCAUGAGGCAGAUCUGGAGCUGCAGCGGAAGCGCGAGUACAUCGAGGAGCUAGAGCCCCCUGCCGAUAGCAGCACAGCCCGGCGUAUCGAGGAGCUGCAGCACAACCUGCAGAAGAAGGACGCGGACUUGCGGGCCAUGGAGGAGCGGUACCGCCGCUACGUGGACAAGGCGCGCACAGUCAUACAGACCCUGGAACCCAAGCAGCGGCCACCUGGGGGGGCUCCUCCGGAACUCCACACCCUGAGGACACAGCUUCGAGAGCGGGAUGUCCGCAUCCGGCACCUGGAGAUGGACUUUGAGAAGAGUCGAAGUCAGCGAGAGCAGGAAGAAAAGCUGCUCAUCAGUGCCUGGUAUAAUAUGGGCAUGGCUCUGCAGCAGCGAGCCGGGGAAGAGCGGGCACCUGCCCAUGCCCAGUCAUUCCUGGCACAGCAGCGGCUGGCCACCAAUGCUCGCCGCGGACCCCUGGGACGCCUAGCACCCCUGAACAUGCGCCCCACUGACAAGCAUUGAUGGAUCUCAGGAUCCUGCCACCUGUCCAGCCAAUCAGGGCUUAAUCCACCCUGGAUUCCCCUGACUCACAUGGGGCCCAGCAUUAUGCCUCAGCCAGUUGCUUGAGAGCCUUGAAGUCAUAAUCUCUGCCCUUUUCUCUCCCAGGUGGGACGAGAGUGCAGGAUGAGGCGGGAGGCAGGAAUGGGCCUAUUCUUUUUAGCAAUGUGAUUCUUAUUCUUGAUUUUAGUGAGCUACCAGGGGAGAGAGUGAUUUUAUAUUUGAGAAGAAAGAUAAUAAAGACUUUCAAUCUGA